UUUUAUUUUUGUGUUUAUUCUAUACGGUGAAGACGACAAAUUAAAAACCGAAACGUGUUUGCUCGUUCUGAAACCCAGAAGUAUUACAGUUUACAGUGAUUCAUACAUACAUAUAAGCCGUACGAAUUAUUAUUUUAAAGUUAGCGGUAAUGGUGCGAAUAGAGGAAUCCAAGAUAAAAGACAUCGGCAGAGUGCUGAACGAUAAGGAUCGUCCCCUGAAGGAACGUUUUCGGGCCUUGUUCACGCUGAAAAAUAUCGGUGGACCAAACGCACUGGAAAGUAUUGAAUCAUGUUUCACAGACGAUUCUGCGUUGCUGAAGCACGAACUAGCUUACUGCUUGGGUCAGAUGCAAGACAAAGCCGCAAUUCCGAUCCUAGUAAAGGUGCUCGAAGACGUACAACAGGAGCCAAUGGUACGACAUGAAGCAGCGGAAGCUUUAGGUGCCAUUGGAUCACCAGAAGUUGAGGCCGUUCUAACAAAAUAUUCAACCGAUCCUGUUGUGGAAGUGGCAGAAACCUGUGAAAUAGCACUUGGUCGCGUGCGGUGGCUUCAAAACAAGGAAAAAGAUUUCGUAGAUAACAAUCCUUACGCUUCGGUUGACCCAUCACCUCCAGCGACAAGCAGUGAUGUUGGGGAGCUGCAAAGAAUUUUACUUGACGAAAGCGAAUCCUUGUUCAACCGGUACCGUGCAAUGUUCAGCUUGCGAAACAUGCGAACUCAAGAAUCGGCGUUGGCACUCGCAACGGGACUGAAAGGGCGGAGUGCUCUGUUUCGACACGAGGUUGCUUUCGUUUUGGGUCAACUGCAAGAAGAAUGUAGUGUUCCGUUUCUGGCGGAGAAUUUACGGGAUGUCACGGAGAAUGAAAUGGUCAGACAUGAAUGUGCGGAAGCUCUUGGGGCUAUUGCUACGGAUGAGUGUACAGAAAUCUUGAGGGAAUAUUUGCAAGACGUUAAAAGAGUCGUCAAAGAGAGUUGCGAAGUUGCUUUGGAUAUGUGUGAGUACGAAAAUAGCCCUGAAUUCCAAUAUGCUGACACUCUGGGAAAGGUAUCACACUGAAAGUGCAUUUAAUUUAAUUGGUUGAUAUUCAAGCAUGGGAGUUUAUUAUCUAACAAUCGCAGAGAAGUAUCACAUUCACAACUCCUAGUACAAAUGAUUAAUACCAUUUUCGAGUAAAACAUGCUUAGCCACGAAAGCCAAAAAUGUAGUCACUAACGAUGAAAGCGCGAUACAAAAAUACAUCAAAAA